AUGCGCGUGCACCCGUCCCGCCUCUUCGGCGUCUUUGUGGCCGACCCAGCUGUUGGGCCUGCGGCGGAGGAGUGGCUGGAGAGGUUGGCAUCCAGCUCCAAGCAGUGGGUGGGGGUGCGCUUCAACCCGUACAAGUGGCCUGCAGGCCAGAGCAUGGCCGACGACACCGGCAAGGCGCUCUUCCGUAAGGCUGGCGAGCUGAGCCUGCCCGUGGGCUUCAUGCCGUUCAAAGGUCUGAGCCAGCACGUGGAGGACAUCGAGGCGCUGAUGAAGAGCUCGCCCUCGACGCAGGUCAUCAUCGAUCACUGGGGCUUCUUCCUGCAGCCUGCCACUGGCUUCGGCGAGCGCGCGCUGGACGAAGCAAGCUGGGAGGCGCUGCUGCGGCUCAGCAGCUACCCGCAGGUCCACGUGAAGAUCUCGGCGCUCUUCCGGGUCUCCCAGGGCAAAAGCCCCUUCCCGGAACUCUCGGAGCGCUUGCAGCAGCUGCUGUCGACCUUUGGCUCGGCUCGGCUCCUCUGGGGCUCGGACUUCCCGUACGCCACGGAGCACACGACCUACGCGGAGGCGGUCUUGGCCCCGGAGUCCUGGCCCGCCUGGGCCGAGAUGUCCGAGGAGGACCGCACAAACUUGGUCCACGACACGGCCGCGAAGCUCUAUGGGCUUCCCCUGGCGCGCGAGGGCGAGCUCUGA